AUGGCAUACAGCAGCAGCAACAACAGCACUACCCUCCACAAGCUUGCCGAUGAUUCGGGCUCCUUCGGCUCCAUGCUGGACCAGCUGCACGCCGAGCAAAAGGGCACCAUAGAGGCGCUGACGUGCCAAGUUGAGUUCUAUCGCCAACGCGAGGAGCGGGCGCGGCAGGAGCUCGCGACCCUACGGCGAUUUCUUCCUCUGGCCAAGGGCGACGACACCUCCGCUUCUGUGGCCAAGCUGGCGAGCGAGAACCGCGCACUAGGCGACGAGCUGGAUGCUCUGGGUGCCAAGAAGAGCAGCUGGGACAGGGAGCGCGCGCGUCUCGAGCGCCAAAAGAAGGAGCUAGAGCGUCAGCUCAAAGAUGCUAAGCACACACUCACGAGCUUCUCGCAGGCGAUCGAGCAGCUAGAGAUCAAGAUGCAACGCAAGGAGGCGGAGGUGCAGACGCGUUGCCUCGAGCUGGAGCAGGAACUGAGCGACAAGACGAAUGAUUGUGAUCUACUUCAGCAGGACAAGGCGGACGUUCUGCUACAACUUGAAAACCUCCAGACGGCCAGCGAGGAGAACGCCCGUCUGCGAAAUGAGCUGCGGACUUUGCUCCACACAGCGGGAUGCGGCUACAGCGAACACGCGGGCAGUUUACGGCUUUCGGCGGGAAUUAACAAUAUCAGCGAGAAGUUGAGUAGCCUAGAUGACGAGAAGCGCAAACAGGAAGCAGAGAUCCAGGCGCUGCAGCGGAAACUGGCAGCCUCUGAGUCGGAGGUGUCGGCGACCCAGCUUGAAGUUGAGCGCAAGAACAAUGAGAUCAAGGAGAUGCAGCUGAAGCUGGACAAUUCGGCUAUUAUGUUGACACUUCGAGAGCAGCUGCUGGCUUCAGACGACAACUCCAGGAAGGCGAUUGAGACGCAGCGACAGGAACUAACGACGUUGGUGUCGACGUUGCAGCGUGAGAAAAGUGCUCUACAGAGCGAGAUCUCCAGUCUGCACAGGGAACAAGAAGCCACAAAGACUGAGCUGCAAACUGCGAAAUCUCGUUUGCUAUCGAAAGAUCAUUCGGUGCUGGUAUCGACACUACGCAGUGAAGUGGCUUCAUUGAAGGAACGACUUCGCAGCGAGUUCAUGCACGAGAAGGACACUCUGAAAACGGAGUCGCAAUCUUUGAGGCAAGAAAUCACGCUACUGCGAGGACGUCUAGCAGAGAAAGACAUAGCUGCCCGCAACCUCGAAAACGAGCUUCUUUGCAGCGAUGAGAAGCAGAAACACACUGACUACGAUAUUCGGCAGUUGAAGGAGCAGAUCUACCGGUUAGAAAAGGAACUUGAUCAGUCUCGAGUUAAGUAUCAGCAGCUCCAGCAGUGCCGAACAUCCUUGGCUGAGCAGCUUGACUUUGGAUUCAAGGAGCUACUGAAUGACGAAGAAAGUGCCGCGUCAGCACAUGAAGAGCUGGAGAAGCUUCGGAACGAACUCAGUCGCAUUAAAAAGGCAAACACUGCUCUCGAAACGGAGCGACAGACGUUCAUGGAGGAGCAGGAACGCAUCGACCGUGUCAGCCACGACUCUUCCAUGCGCCAGAAUGAAAAGAUCGACGAGUUGUACAGCCAACUGAUGGAGAAGGACGAGAUUAUCACGUCGCUGAAAAAUGCCGAACACCAUGUUGCUUUGCUGCAGCAAGAGAAGGAAUCGUGGGAGGGCGACGUCACUGACGUAAGGUUGCGAUGUGAAAGUCGAGUGGAAUCGGAAGUGCGCAAGGCUGAUGGUCUUCGCUCUCGGAUUGAGCAGCUAGAGCAAGAUAAAAUGUCGCUGAAGGAGCAGGUCGAAACUCUCGAAGAAGAAAGCGCAACUUGGAAUGAGAAGAUGCAUGCGUCCGAGCUAUCUCUCCGUCAGAAAGACCAGGAGUUGGAGGAGCUCAAGCGUGACAUCUCUCGUCUUGAAGAAGAGCUAGCUGAUGCAAUCCGGCGCAUUGAUAGCGGACGCCAAGAAAUCAUGACUCGCGAGCAAAAGAUGUUGAAGGAGCGUAAAAGACUGGAGCGCGAGAUGGUUCAGCUGGUGCAUCGUGUUGAGAUCGCUGGCCAACGUAAUCUCGAGCUAGGUGAGAAGGUGGUUGCACUUGCAAAGCAGUCCAAAGUGGAUCAAACAGAUCUUGUGGCCUUGAGCUCUCAAGUCAAGAGCUACAAGGAUCAAGUGAAGACCCUGGAAAGUCAACUUUGCCAGAUUCAUCGUCGCCAUGGACACGAAUCCGAUACCGUUCGUGAUCUUCAGCAGAAGCUAAAUGAUGUUAUGUGUUUAAAGGAGAGCUAUCAGGUAGAGAUCAACAAGUUUCGGCAGACGCUAGAGCAUGUGCAGAGUGACUACAGUGUGGCAAAACGGCAGCGCGAUGAGGCGGUGAAGCGUGUCCGUCUGCUGAUGCAGUGCCGAGACGAAAUGAAGGCGACAGCCGAGGACCAUACGGCGGAGCUGGUUGAGGAGAUUGAGGCGCUACAGCACCAAAUGGAUAGCGAACGCAAACGCUGUGCAGUAUUGCUGGCCAACGAGAAGACACUGCUGCGCGAUCUCCAAGAGCGAAACUCGGCCGUCACGAAGCUGCAGCACACAGUUUCAGUGCUUCAACACCAAAUCCAGGACAAACCCAACAGUAACGAUCGAUCCAGUAACUCGACUUCUUGUCGCAGACGGUCUCGUGGCAGUAGCUCACCUGUGAAUAGUGGUAAUCGGUCCACGGUCUCUACAACCAGUUCCUUGUCCCCUCACCGCCACCAUAGUCGUGGCGCCGAGCCGCAACAACAGCUUCGAUCUAGCUCGACAUCGAGCAGCGGAUCGACCAUGACGCCGGCGAAGGAGAUGGAGCAUCUGUUGACCAACUUGGAGCACAUAUCUGACUUCUCGGCGCAGGUGCAACGACUCCACCCUUAA